GCUGCGGACACAUCUCACAGCGAGUUGAGACACCGACCGAAUCGGACGGCUGCUAGAACGUCCACCGUCGUCACCCUUACCGUCGUGAGGGACGUGAUUUCCUCUGUGUGAGUGUGUGUGCGUGUGUAUGAGUGUUUGUGUCCGGGUUGGUAAGUUUCUGUUCCGUGCAUGCCCGUCCAGUGAAACAUUAUUGUUUACCAGUUGAGCGGCCAGUGUCAGUGAACGGUACGCGCUGACCCCGGGUGCGUGUGGGUCGGUGAACGGUGUGAUCACACGGCAGGGCAGUGAUUGUGGUAAUUCCAGCAUCAUCAGCAAAAUCAGCCCCCAACCAGCAGCAGCAGCAGCAAGUAUAAAUCGUCCACAAGGAGAAUCAACUCUGCUUGAUAUAUCACACCGAGCAAGACGUCGGAGUUUUUGUUUUUGCUUAAGGAACGUUCUCAACGUUUAGCACAACACAACGAUGGAUCAAUCGCCAAACAGCAAGGUACAUCUGGAGAAGGCACAAAACUUCAUGCGCCAGUACCGGGAUCCGGAGUCGCGCGAGCUGAAGAAGCUGUCCGCCAACCAGUUCAUGGACGUCUGGAGCCAUUACGAUCGGGAUGGAAACGGUUACAUCGAAGGUUCCGAGCUGGACGGAUUUCUCAAGGAGUUCGUCUCAAGCGCCAACGCGACCGACAUUAGCCCGGAGCAAAAAGCGUCGCUUACCGAUGAGAUGCUGGUUGAGCUGAAGUCAUGCUUUAUGGAGGCGUACGACGAUAAUCAGGAUGGAAAGAUCGACAUCAGAGAGCUCGCCCAGCUGCUCCCGAUGGAGGAAAACUUUUUGCUGCUCUUUCGGUUCGAUAAUCCACUCGAAUCGAGCGUUGAAUUUAUGAAGAUCUGGCGAGAAUAUGACUCCGACAACAGUGGCUACAUCGAAGCGGAUGAACUGAAGAACUUCCUGCGGGAUCUUCUGAAGGAGGCGAAAAAGAUAAACGACGUGUCGGAGGACAAAUUGAUCGAGUACACGGAUACAAUGCUUCGAGUGUUUGAUGCAAACAAAGAUGGAAGACUGCAGCUGUCGGAGAUGGCAAAAUUGCUUCCAGUGAAAGAAAACUUCCUGUGCCGGCAGGUGUUUAAGGAAGGGAAAAUAGACGAAGAAGGUGCCGCCAAGCUAACGAAAGAAGACAUCGAAAAAGUGUUUUCACUCUACGACAGAGACAAUAAUGGUUCGAUCGAGAACGAAGAGCUGCGAGGUUUCCUUAAGGAUCUGCUCGAGCUAGUAAAGAAGGACUACGAUGCGCAGGAUUUGAUCGAGUUUGAGGAAACGAUUCUGCGCGGCGUUGGCUACGACAAGGAUGGUAAAAUUUCGCGCAAAGAGUUGACCAUGAUUUUGCUGGCGCUCGCGAAACUCCCGCCAGAGGACGACCAGUAAUUAAUGGCGUCGGCGGUCUGCAUCGAGACUACUAGUAGCAGCCAGCCCUGUAGUAGUAGUGGUAGCAGCAGCCAGGACCCGAUCACCAAGGACCUCUUUCCGCCCAUCGCCACCGUGCAGGACGGCAUCAGGGAUCUGUAUCGUAAGUUUCGGCGAAAGAUUCACAAGAAGGACUAGCAGCACUAGCAGCAGCAGCAGCAGCAGCAGUAGCAGCGACAGCAGCAACACGCACCACAGGGCAGCUUCUGCUUUCUUAGUGUUUUUAGUGCUUUACCGUUAAACGAAACGAUGCGACAACCCUGCUAUCCCGUAACGCCUGGUGGAGAGUGCUGGCGGUGUAGGUCCAGCUGGGGGGGGAACACCAUCCAUUACACACCGAAAAACACCAAACAACCACUCAACCCACUGCACGGGUGCUGGCCGUGCAGUCCCGUAAUGUCCAAUACAAACACACACACACACACACAGCUGUUGUUACACGAAUAAGAAUUGUUACAACUCGAAAACAAAGCAGCAAAUACUGUAACGUAACGGCCCCCAUGAAACCGACCUGUGUAACGUACUCCGUCUGCAAAUUGUCUGCGACCGGAACAAUUGGGUGACGUCCGGAUAUUGAAGUUUCAAGUACUCGUGCGAUACACGCUACAGACAGAAAAACACACACACAAUCACACACAAACACAUUCGCGAAAAAGCAUAUCUACAAUUUAAGCAAAACAACACUAAAUCUCUUUAUCUAAUCUCUACUUCUACCUAAUGCCCGGCUUAGGCGUACGUUAUCACUAACCACUCUACUAACUGUUUUACUGUGAAAACCGUGUUGUGGGCGCUUCUCUACCGGAAGUGAAUGGUUCCGAACUAUAGUUCAUUGACUGUUAGAAUCUAUUCUUCGCUGUAUUUGAUGUGUUGUAAUCCUUUAUGUUUUCCCUCUUCGUUGAACAUCAAGAAACUGCUCAAAAGUACUGUUUUCCCCAUGGAUGGUGGGAGCAGUUGAUACAAGUGAAAAUCAACAUCGUUUUGGGGUCUAUGAUAGGUUAAGAAGUAUGGCUUUUGAAAGCUUUUGAAUACUGUCCUACCAGCCUAGUCAGCAGUAGAUUCGAGCAGCUACUCGGCCUGUCAGAGUGAUGGUAAAAGAUAAAGAAACAGAGAAUAGCUAGGACAAUGAAAGAAUUAGUAGAAAGAGGUUGACUUGUAACAAUACCGAAAAAGCAAGAGCAGAAAAUAAAUGAAUAGUUAACGUACCGUAAGUCAGUCCUCCAACUGUAAUCUGCUAUACUAAAUACUUAAGUAAACUGCUCGAAAACUGCUCGAUUUUGUUGACAGAUGGUGUUUUAAAAUUUAAAAACCUUUCUACUUAACAUAUCGUAGACCCCAACAUACGCAUUUCCACCUGCAAAUGGCAAACGAGUCACAAUUUGCUCAGGCAACACGCAACAAUGGAACGAGAUGGCGGACAGGGACUUUUUGCCUUUUUUCCAUCCUAUACGUACGUAACGUAACCAUGAGUGAUAGGAAAAUCGUUGUGGCCUAAGCGGACAAAACCGACGGGCUAGCAAAGAUUGGGCAUACGUUUUAUGCUACUUAUGAUUAGCAAAAGCUUUCCACCACCACGCACGAAACAUUUUGCCACCCGGGGGACUGAGAAAGUGCAGUGCAGUGCCAAAUGUGUUGUGUCAUCCCAUCCAUCCGGUCCAAACCCGAAGUAUAUUUUUAAAAGAAAGAAAAGAUGAGACUCAAAGUGGAUAUGUUAACAGAUUAGAACGAUAGACAGGCAGGAAAGGAAGGUUGGGAACGAAAAAAAAAGCUGAAAGAUGUGAGGUUGGUGAAGGAAUAAAUAUAUGCCUUCGGUACGGUUCGUGGUAAAGCUCCCCUGAAAUUACAGGUAUGGUCCAAAUAGUAGCAGUGGCAUUGGGAAAAAGUGUGAUGAUUGGCUAGCUGCUAAAGUUAAUUUGGUGGAAAUUAAGUUUUCUCUAAGGAGAUUAAUUUUUCAUUAAAAUUUAUACUUUAUCGAUUAACAACCUCACAUGUGACUGAUAAGGCAAGCUUUGGCACUAUAGUUGUGCUGUAUCAUCUUUUCGGCAUAAAAAGCACUUUAAAAGCUUUACGAUCGAUAAUUGAUUGCUGGCCUUGAAAGGCCUUAAAUUUAAUAUCCUUCCUCGAAUUCUGAAGGAUUUAAAAUUUUCUAGUCUGUUUGUUCUUUGUUAUUUUUGCUAUUUCAAUGCGUUGAUUAUAACUAGCGGAAGAGAUAUAAAUCAAUUAAAUACUCGAAGCUGGAACGUCAGCCCUCCGUACGGCGGGACGCUCCAGAAGGGAUGAAUCCGUAUGAAUGGUCGCAUGAUUGCAAUAUGUUUGUUAGUGAAAAUCCACAAUGGUGACCAAACACUUGAUUUUUUUUUACUAAUGCCAAAGUUUUGAAUUUAAUGACAUUAUCAAAUCAAAUCUUAAUUUGAAGAGGAAAUAUUUGUACUCAAAAAUUUUAAAUCACUCUAAACACCCCACAUGUCACUGUUACUAUUUUGAACAGCACUGUGUGUUGAAUUCACAUGUUUUUUUUCUGAUUUAUUUAUAUGAUAGACGAUUGUUACAAGAAAAAAUGUUAUCCAUGUUACACUGGCUUUUAAAAAACAAAAGCUUCUUGCUUGUGUUCCCGUUGAUGUGGACGAAGAAGAUAAGCCAUUUAUUCCCCUAACUAUACUACCAACUGGAAAUGGAUGUAUGCAUGUGAUGUGACGUUGAUAGGAAUCCUUCCCAACCGCGUUCCCUCUUUCCCACUUGAUGGAAAUUCCUGACAGGAUGUGCGGCCAGCCUCUAAAAAAAGAUAAAAAAAGAUUCUAAUAAUGCUACAAACUUUCUAUCUAUCUAUCUAUCUAUCUAAAUGUUUCCUAACGCAAACACAUUCUUAAUCGAGGCGUGCGUUCGAACGUUUGGACGUCGCUAAACUUAACCUGCUGCUUACGCAUGCCUCACGGGCUGCCUCAUUGUUGAACGUUAAACAGUGUUUUUAAGAAGAGAGACUAUUUAUCUAAGCUCGUUUAUCAAAAACUAAAAUGCAUUUAAAAAAAAACUUGGCCAUCCAAACAAUAGAACCCAAACAGAGGGAUACACAUAACUACCCGGUCCGAACGUUUUAAUUGCAACAACAGGCAAUGAAUCGUAAUCAAAACCAGUGUUGUUUCACCGAUCUUCUUUUACUCUUUAAACACAAAUACACACCGAAAACACAAGAAAAUACUCAAACACACAGACACACACACAUUCUAAGCAGCAUCCCGUUCCGAUAUGGAUGCUAAAGAUUGUAGACGAAUGCCUUUGGUUUUUGGUUAGUAGACUUCAGUGCAGCAGCAGAUUUUUACCGGCACUAUAGUGCAAAGUGCAAAGAUAUUACUGUUAAAUAUAAAUAAAAAAUGGAAAAAAUGUAA